UGCUGUAAGAUGACUCUGACGCUGAAUGAGCAAGCAGGCUGCUGCUGUACAGAUCAGACGUCUGGGGCGUAGGCUACAGGAAAGAGCCCCACUCUGGUGAACGAGCAUUUUCUUUAUGAACUUUUAAAACAUUAUAAAAUAAUGAGUCGAGUAACGGGGACGUCCACCCAGGACACGCUCAUUGAAAUGAGCGAGACCGCGUCACAAGGUGGUGAGGAAAACAACGGUUACUUUCCCAAUUCAGAGAGUGUGUCACUUCAGCCAACCGAUGCUAAGGUGGAUAAACAUCAUCAGAGUAAAGACUCUAUAUACUUCCGAGAUGGCGUCCGGCAGAUAGAUUUUGUUCUCUCUUAUAUCGAUGAGAAAGACGGAGAAAGAAAACAGGAAAGAAGGAAACAGUAUGAAGCUAACCUGCAGAAGGCGGGGCUAGAGCUGGAGCUUGAAGACAAAUCGGAAUCUGAAGAUGGGAAGACUUAUUUUCUAAAGAUUCAUGUCCCAUGGGAGGUGUUGGCAACCUACGCUGAUGUUUUAAAGAUAAAAGUGCCUUUCAAAGUCAAUGACAUCCCUGAAAGCCGUGAGAUUCCUGUCUCCUGGCUGUUCACACCAUUCCGCCUGCCUGAUUCAGUCAUGAACCCUGAACCAGACUACUUCACCGCCCCCUUUGACAAGAGCAAGAUCGAUUUCUUCCUCAUUGAAAAUAAAAAUACCCUCUUCCCAAACUCCACACGCAACAGGAUAGUAUAUUACAUCCUCUCCCGUUGCCCUUACAAUAAAGACGACAAACUCAACAAGGACAAGAGAGGCAUCAAGCGGCUGCUUAACAACGGAACGUACACAUCAGCCUUCCCUGUGCAUGAUUGCAGAUACUGGAAAAGGUCUGGAGACCCUAACUGUGAGAAUGAGCGGUAUAACCUGUACCAAUACUGGGCUCGUUUCCUUCGCUUCUACAAGGAGCAGCCACUCAAUCUUAUACGGAGAUACUAUGGGGAGAAGAUUGGGAUCUAUUUUGCUUGGCUGGGCUUCUACACUGAAAUGCUGUUCUAUGCUGCUCUGGUUGGACUUAUCUGCUUUAUUUAUGGACUGGCGACCUAUGAUAAAGAAGUCUGGACUAAAGAAAUCUGUGAUGACAAAAUUGGUGGAGAGAUAAUCAUGUGCCCUCUCUGUGAUAAGAAAUGUGGCUAUUGGAAACUUAACAGUACCUGCAACUCCACGUGGCAAUCGCAUCUCUUUGACAAUACAGCAACAGUGUUUUUCGCUAUAUUUAUGGGUAUCUGGGUGACUCUGUUCCUGGAGUUUUGGAAGCGGAGACAAGCCAGGCUGGAGUACGAGUGGGACCUGGUGGACUUUGAGGAGGAGCAGCAACGGCUGCAACUUAGGCCUGAGUAUGAGACCAAAUGCACCAGUCGGCGUGUUAAUCGUGUCACACAGGAGAUGGAACCUUACUUUCCCGUAACAAGCAAAUGUGCUCGCAACUGCUUGUCCGGGGCCACCGUCUUGUUCUGGAUCUCACUAAUCAUAGCAAGUAUAAUCGGGGUGAUAGCAUAUCGGCUGGCUGUGUUUGCUGCUCUUGCUAGCAUUAUGAAAGACAGCCCGACCAAUAAGCUGGAAGUGGUGGGCUCACUUAUCACCCCACAGCUGGCCACAUCUGUCACAGCUUCUUGCAUCAACUUCGUGAUUAUCAUGAUACUUAACUUCCUGUAUGAGCGUGUGGCCAUAUGGAUUACAGACAUGGAAGUCCCAAAAACACAUCUUGAGUAUGAAAACAAACUGACCAUCAAGAUGUUCCUCUUCCAGUUUGUUAACUACUAUUCCUCCUGCUUCUACGUGGCCUUCUUUAAAGGAAAGUUUGUGGGCUACCCUGGCAAAUACGCAUAUAUGUUCAAUGAGUGGAGCGGGUUGAGGAAUGAAGAGUGUGACCCCGGUGGUUGUUUGAUUGAGCUGACGACUCAGCUUGUGAUAGUGAUGGCUGGUAAACAAGUAUGGGGAAAUAUCCAGGAGGCUUUACUUCCCUGGUUGCAGAACUGGUGGAGCAGCAGGAGUGCUCGCAGCCACCCGGAGAGUCUGUACAGCCGCUGGGAGCAGGAUUAUGAUCUGCAGAACUUCAGUCAAUUUGGUCUAUUCUAUGAGUAUCUGGAAAUGGUGAUCCAGUUUGGUUUUAUUACAUUGUUUGUGGCCUCCUUUCCAUUGGCUCCUCUCUUGGCUCUGAUCAAUAAUAUUCUUGAGGUGCGUGUGGAUUCAUGGAAGUUAACCACUCAGUUCCGCAGACCUGUAGCAGCUAAAGCUCACAGCAUCGGUGCCUGGGAAGAGAUCCUGAAUAUGAUUGCCGUCUUAUCCGUAGUAACUAAUGCAUUUAUUGUGGCCUUUACUUCUGAUAUGAUUCCUCGGCUGGUGUAUCUAUACGCAUAUCAUCCAGGCAAUGAACAGAGUAUGCAUGGCUACAUCAGCAAUAGUCUAUCCAUCUUCAACAUCUCGCAGAUCCCACUUAAAAACAGACCUGACGAUAAUGAGAAUCCUGCCUGGUUCAACAGCUCUGUGAUUUUCACUUGCAGGUACCGAGAUUACCGUUACCCCCCAGGCCAUGAGUUUGAGUACUCCCACAACAUGCAGUUCUGGCAUAUCCUGGCAGCCAAAAUGGCUUUUAUUAUUAUUAUGGAGCAUGUUGUGUAUGUGGUGAAGUUCUUUGUGGCAUGGCUGAUUCCGGAUGUGCCGUCUGAUGUAAAGGCUCGUAUAAAGCGGGAGCGCUACCUAGUCCAGGAGUACCUGCACAACUAUGAGGUGGAGAAGCUCAAAGUGCAGCUGGCUCAGAACGGAAAUGGAGGCCAGUGCAUCUGCCCUGAAAUAACUGCAACUGCGAAACAUGAGGUGCUGUCUGAAUGCUUAACUUAGCCUGAGCCACAUCCCAGUUUCCCUCACAGCAAACUCAUUAAAAAGUUAUUAGCCACUUACCUCACUCUUGGCAACAAACUCUUCCAGCUCUUAAUUAGGAUCAGCUCCAUUCUGCUUGUAUUCAUUUGGACAUCAAGAUCCUAUAGCAGGUUCUAAAUUAGCUCUCUUACUCUAAGAAGGUUGAUACACAAAAUGUGGCAAUUUUAUUCUGUGAACCAUGAAGCUGGCCAUGUUUUUCUUACAUUAUAUGCUGUUGCCUCUUUCCUCACUCGGUUUAAAUUCAUUUUUAAUUUCAUUUUGAAAUGACAUUUUUAUUUUCGUAUGAGAGAUUUGUUUCUGUUUAAAUUCACAUACAGGACUGUAAACCGUCUUAUGCAUCCAAAGACAAAAUGCCUUAAUAACACCCCUGUCCUAGUGUGCACUACUCUUUCUUUUUUCUUCUGCCUUCUGAUAAGAUAGGACUAAGGAACUCCAUGGUCUAUGAAGAUAGAAAUUUAAAAUAGAAAAAAAAAUCUAUUGUAUAAAAUUUAGUUUUUAUUUAUUCCAAAUUUUAGUCUGAUUUACUCUCACCAUCUGUAUGUUUUAUAUUUUGCUAUUUUGCCUUCAAUAUCACAAAAAAACUCUAGUUUCAAAUUAGAUGUCAAAGCACUAAACAUCACCUGGUAUAUUCACCAUUCAACCACCAUGCAGUUAUCAUACUUCUAUGCAAGUCAAAUUAGUAUGCAACUUCUCAAGACUGUCAGAAAACCUUUAAGUGCUUAUAUGCCAAUAUGCACCAUAUGUUCUGUAAUGUUUCUGCAGUCAGCUGAUGUCACCAAAGCAGUCAGUGAUAGCUGAAGGCAAUCAGUGUGUCUUAUAAGCCAAAUUCUGUCAGUCAAUGCCUGCUAUUUAAAACUGAAGUGUUAGGAUAAUGAAGAGUAAGUGACUUUUAAUGCAUGACUGAAAGAGCAGACUUGGCCAUGCUAAUGGCUUUUAAUGUGCCUUUAUUUAUCUAUAUGUUUAUUCCUGUGAAAAAAAUGUCCGGCUGUAGCUGUGGGGACACUGUAAUUUUGUUUGUUCCAUUUUUUGUUCAUUUUAUAGGUGAGGAAAUGUUUUGAGUUUUUGCACAGAGCACUUACUGAAGGAAUCUGUACGAGAUUAUCGUAUUUACACUACAGUAUCAGUGUUGUUCUAAUUAAGUUGGUGUCUGAUAGAUUAGAUCAUGUGAAUCAAUGUAAAUGCUUUGACAACUACACCUUGCAUUGCAGCACAAUAAAUUCAACAUUUGUGCUAAGAGUAAAGAUUUUCUUUUUAUUAACAAAAACAGAUGAUGAUGAUUGCCAGUACACUUCCUUUGCAAUAUACAGUACAUAUACAGAGACAAAUAAUCAUGUAUCCUGUUCUAGUUUUGCUAUUUUUGAAUUCAUGACAUGAUUUCUGAAGAUGUAACUAUUUAUAUGGUGGUCUUCUUUUUAUUUUUAUUAUUAGCUUUUUUAGUUUGCCAUUAUUUGUUAUUGAAUUAUGACUGUCAGGACCUUUAAUGCAGGAAGCAGCUAAACUAUGGCACCAAAGCUAUGCUUUUCUAUCACUAUGCAGGCUUUAACUUUAAAUUGUCUGAUUUCAAUAAAUAUUCUGUAUCACAAAAAAGUCACAUUCUAAUCCGUUUUGUUGUUAUUUGAUCAUAGUUUAUCUUUUUUGACUGACAGCUUGAGAUUAUUUUAGAGCAUCACAUGUAUCAUGUACUGCAUAGAUUAUAUAAUGCUGGUUCUGAAGCAGUUAUCAAAAUGUUAUUGGUUCUGCAUAAAUGAAUGAAUAUUGUUUUAAAUAAAACACAAAUUACAUUUUCAGUACUU